AUGAACAGCGCUGCAGCCCACAGCUGCCGCAAGCGCCGCCACGCCGAUGCCCACGAGGGCGCCUCCUUACCUCGCCGCCGCCGCCGCCUCACCAUCGUCCCCAACUUGUUCCAGGCCGUUCGGUCCUUCGCUAUCCGCACGCUCGCCAGCGCCCCCCACAAGCGCCGCCACGACGACGCCACCUCCUCGGCUCGCCUCUGCCGUCGCCGCAGCAGCCGCCGCCGCCUCAGCCCCGUACCGUUCCCCGCCCUCCGACCGCUAUCCACCUCCCCGCUCCGCCGCCGCAAGCUUCUCGUCGACGACGCCCGCCACGCCGUCUCCACUCCCCGUCGCCGCCGCAGCCGUAGCAGUCUGCUUCCCAGGGUCAGGCACUUCCCAGUCUUUGGUCCAUUCGCACUCCAUUUCCUCCUCACGACCGGCGGAUUAGCCCCGCGCCGUCGCUGGAAACCUGCGGAGGUAGAUAUGGGCAACCGCACCUCACAGCUACUGGGGAAGAGCACCAGCGACGGUGUAUCAGAGGCGCACACAAAGCGGCUCGAUGGGUCGCCGGAAGUGGUGGAUCUCACAGUGGAGGCAGAGCUUGAUGAUAUCUAUGUCGUGGGGAGGCGAAAUGGCGACUGGAGCGUCCCUGCACUGGGGUCAUCAAGGUCGCUGGAGAAGAAGGCGAUGUUCCGCAAGGCACUUCAGUGGUCGAAGAAGCGCGGUGGAAGAUUACGUGAGAAGCUCAGACUUGCCGAGCUGCCUGAUCCUCUGGACACUACACCCAAGGAGGAUCUAUCUGAACUAUUUACACCUCUAAGUGACAAAGAAGAAAGAGAAGUUGAUACUCUGUUGUAUAAUAGGAAUCACAGUGAUAAAGUCAUAGUGAUACAUGAGCCUUCUAACAUUGAGAUUACUAAUGAGAAACUUCGAUGUUUGAGGCCUCGUGGGUGGUUGAAUGAUGAGGUUAUUAAUUUGUACAUUGAACUGUUAAAGGAGAGGGAAGAAAGGGAACACAACAUGUUUUUGAAAUGCCAUUUCUUCAAUACAUUCUUCUACAAGAAGCUUACUUGCGGAAUAGCUGGUUAUGAUUACCAGUCUGUUAGAAGAUGGACGACGUUCAAGAGGUUGGGUUAUGGACUCGUCGAGUGUGAGAAAAUAUUUGUUCCAGUGCAUAGAAAUGUACAUUGGUGUUUGGUAGUUAUAAACAUGAAGGAUAAAACAUUGCAAUACCUUGAUUCUCUUGGAGGUUUGGGCCAUGAUGUACUGAAAGUACUGACUAGGUACAUCGCGGAUGAAUUGAAGGACAAGAGUAACUUAGAGGUAGACCCUAGUUCAUGGGUGGUAGUGUCAGAGUCUCUCCCCUUGCAGCAGAAUGGGUGGGACUGUGGCAUGUUUAUGCUUAAAUACAUUGAUUUCCAUAGCAGAGGUAUCAAACCAUGUUUCAGUCAGGAACACAUGAUGUAUUUUAGGAACCGAACAGCAAAAGAGAUCAUGACAUUAAGAGCUGACUGA